CGCGGGGCCGGCGGCGAGCGGCAGUAAUGGCGGCCAGCGCCAAGUCUUUCCUGGCCGACGCGGGCUAUGGCGAGCAGGAGCUGGACGCCAACUCCGCCCUCAUGGAGCUGGACAAAGGCCUCAGGUCUGGCAAGCUCGGGGAACAGUGCGAAGCCGUCGUUCGUUUUCCGAGGCUCUUCCAGAAAUACCCGUUCCCCAUUCUCAUCAACUCGGCAUUCCUAAAGCUAGCCGAUGUUUUCCGAGUGGGAAACAACUUCCUCAGGCUGUGUGUGCUGAAAGUUACUCAGCAGAGUGAGAAGCAUUUAGAGAAGAUCCUAAAUGUGGAUGAAUUUGUCAAGAGAGUUUUCUCCGUUAUCCAUAGCAAUGAUCCUGUUGCUCGGGCUAUUACACUCCGGAUGUUGGGCAGCAUGGCAUCUAUCAUUCCAGAAAGGAAGAAUGCACAUCACAGUAUUCGCCAGAGUUUGGAUUCCCAUGAUAAUGUGGAAGUUGAAGCUGCUAUAUUUGCUGCUGCCAACUUUUCUGCACAAUCUAAGGAUUUUGCUGUCGGAAUUUGUAAUAAAAUCAGUGAGAUGAUUCAAGGUUUGGCCACACCUGUGGACCUGAAGCUGAAGUUGAUCCCUAUUCUGCAGCACAUGCACCACGAUGCCAGCUUGGCUUCCAGUUCCCGCCAGCUACUGCAGCAGCUGGUGACAUCCUACCCCUCCACCAAGAUGGUCAUUGUCACCCUGCACACCUUUACUCUGCUUGCUGCUUCUUCUUUGGUUGACAUUCCCAAGCAGAUUCAACUUUUGUUGCAGUACUUGAAAAAUGACCCCAGGAAGGCUGUGAAGAGGCUUGCAAUCCAGGAUUUGAAGCUGUUGGCCAACAAGACACCACAUACAUGGAGCAGAGAAAAUAUUCAGGCACUCUGUGAAUCUGCUCUUAACACUCCUUAUGACAGUUUGAAAAUGGGCAUGUUAUCUGUUCUUUCCACGUUAUCAGGGACCAUUGCCAUUAAACAGUACUUCAGCAGUGCUCCAGGAGCAGCAGCUACAGCUGCAAGGUCAUUUGAUUUGGUAAAACUAGCACAGGAGUGCUGUUACCAUAAUAACCGUGGCAUUGCAGCUCAUGGAGUGAGGAUUCUGACCAAUAUAUCAGCCUCUUGCCAGGAAAAAGAUCUUCUGCCUUUGGAGCAAGAUGCAGUUUUUGGCUUAGAAGCUCUUCUUGUUCUCUGUAGCCAAGAUGACAGCCCAGGAGCUCAGGCAACCUUAAAGAUCACGCUAACUUGCAUGGUGGAGCUGGUGAAGUGCCGCCCUCACCUGAGCCAGUCCGUGGUGGAAUCCCUGCUGACACAGCUGCACAGUGCCCAGGACAAUGCCAGGAUCCUCAUGUGCCACUGCCUAGCAGCCAUUGCCAUGCAGCUGCCUGUCUUGGCAGAUGGGAUGCUGGGAGACCUAAUGGACCUCUAUAAAUUAAUUGGACAAUCUGCCACAGAUAAAAAGCAGGAACUCUUGGUUUCUCUUGCCACAGUGAUAUUUGUUUCCAGUCAGAAAGCUUUGUCCACAGAAAUCAAAACUGUUAUCAAACAGCAGCUUGAGAAUGCCUCCAAUGGAUGGACAGCCUACAGGAUAGCCAGGCAGGCUUCCAGGAUGGGCAACCACGACAUGGCCAGAGAACUGUACCAAAGCCUGCUGACUCAAGUGGCUUCAGAGCACUUCUACUUCUGGCUGAACAGCCUGAAGGAGUUCUCCCAUGCAGAGCAGUGCCUGACAGGCCUGCAGGAGGACAACUACAGCUCUGCACUCUCCUGCAUUGCCGAAGCCUUAAAAUCCUACCACAAAGGAAUAGCCUCGCUGACGGCUGCUAGUACACCACUUAAUCCUCUGAGCUUUCAGUGUGGUUUUGUGAAACUCAGGAUUGACCUUCUGCAAGCUUUUUCUCAACUUAUUUGUACCUGCAACAGCCUGAAAACAAGUCCCCCCCCAGCUAUUGCCACGACAAUUGCUAUGACAUCGGGAAAUGAUCUCCAGAGGUGUGGACGCAUCUCCAACCAGAUGAAGCACUCAAUGGAGGAAUUCCGAAACUUGGCUACACGGUAUGGAGAUCUGUAUCAGUCAUCGUUUGAUGCAGACUCAGCUACUCUAAGGAAUGUAGAACUACAACAGCAGAGCUGUCUGUUGAUUUCACAUGCAAUAGAAGCUCUGAUUUUGGAUCCAGAAUCUGCAAGUUUCCAGGAAUAUAGCUCAAAUGGAACAGCUCAUGUUGAAAGUGAAUAUGAAAGAAGAAUGAUGUCUGUAUUUAAUCGUGUACUAGAGGAAGUGGAAUCUCUCAACAGGAAGUAUGCUCCUGUGUCUUACUUGCAUACAGCUUGUCUGUGCAAUGCUGUCAUUGCAUUGUUGAAGGUGCCCCUUUCAUUCCAAAGGUAUUUUUUCCAAAAGCUCCAGUCUACAAGUAUUAAGCUUGCUCUAUCCCCAUCUCCAAGGAACCCAGCAGAGCCUAUAGCAGUACAGAACAACCAGCAGUUGGCCCUCAAGGUGGAAGGAGUGGUUCAGCAUGGAUCUAAACCAGGCCUUUUCCGUAAAAUCCAAUCCGUCUGUCUGAAUGUCUCUUCGGUGCUGCAGAGCAAAUCUGGACAAGAUUAUAAGAUUCCUAUUGACAACAUGACCAAUGAAAUGGAGCAGAAGGUGGAACCGCACAACGACUAUUUCAGCACUCAGUUCCUGUUAAACUUUGUGAUCCUUGGCACCCACAACAUCACAGUGGAGUCCUCUGUGAUAGACUCAAAUGGUAUUGUUUGGAAAACUGGGCCUAAAACAACUAUUUUUGUUAAGUCUCUUGAGGAUCCAUACUCUCAGCAGGUUCGUCUCCAGCAGCAGCAAGGACAGCCUCCAUCCCAGCAGCAGCAGCAGAGAACCGCGUACUCACGCUUUUGAUUCCCAGAGGUCACUCGGUCCUGCUCAAUUGGUAUUGCAGUUUUUCUUGGACACUUUUUUUUUUUUAAUUGUUUUUUGAAGACUUCUUAUCAUCAUGACCUUCUCCUAGAAAGUCUCAGAUGCCAAUUUGUUGCUUUUUAAAUUAUCUGGGGUAAAUCUGAAUUUGAUUCAGCAGAGGCAACUGUUCAAAUUUGGAGUUGUGCUAUUGCUAUAAGAACUUCUACCUGAUCUCUAACUUCUGUUUACAAACCUAUUCCAGCGGGCUCCACAAACUACAGUAGCAGGAGACACUAAGAACUUGUUGACUGGUACUUUCCAUUUUUUUUGAGGCACACAUAGGUUCUAAUGUCAGGUUUACCGGACAUUGGGAAACACUUUACUUUGGCUGGUUAUAUAGAAAUGAGUGUAUCUUUUAAUAUGAAGGAAUUGUCAGGAAUAUCCAGAGAUUCUUUUUCUGACAUUUUAAUAGCAAGUUCCAGUAUUUGGCUGGUGUAUGUAUGUUAUUGCAACUCAUCAGCAUUACUUAAUGCAUGCAGCUGAAAGAAAAACCAUUGCAGUUCACUUCUGAUAACUUGUCACUGCAGAGGGAGGAGACUGGUUAAGGGGUUGAUGUUGGGGGAGUCCUGAAAGAGGCAGAGUUUUAUAGGUGGGAAUAAUCACUGUCUCUGAGAUGAUAUGAAAAAUAUUACUGUGCUGUUUUUAAAUUUUUAUGCAUCUGUGUUACUGAAACCUGUCAUUUUGUUGUUUUUUUUUUUUACUUGCUCUUUUAAGGGGGAAGUUAAAAUUAAUGACAACUUGCAAGUUUACAGCUUUGUUUUUUAAAAGGCGUCCUUUGUACCAAAAAUUUGUAAUCUUAUGUAUUCUUUGACCAACUUGCAAAGCUUAAAUGUUAAUUUUACAAGAUAACUUGAAAUAGAAUUUUGCCAAUUCUAGAAAUAGAUCCAGAAUAAUUCUGGAAAUAUGCUGCUUCAUACAUAAUUUUCACACCUUCUUUGUGAUAUAAAAGGCUGAACUGUAUCCAGACUCACGGGCAGUAAAUCACAUAACAUGACCUUCAUCUGAUCUUCAUAAAUAGUCUCUGCUUAUCACUUUGUAGAAAAGCAGAAUCCACUUGGGUGAGGAGGAGGAGGAUGGAUGGCACUUCUUACAUACUUCAGCUUGCUAAUCUCUCUCAUUGGAGCAGAAAUUUUUAUUGUUAUUUUCUCAGUAAAUUCCCAUGCUACUGUUUAUUUCUUCAAUCUGAUUUCAUUCUAUAGCUGACUGGAGUUCAUGGAUUUUGCUUUCUUCAAGUGCAGAGAAUCUGAUAAUGAACUGCUGUAAGCUGAGGCUUCUUUUGCAUAGCAGGAUGAAGGAUUUUUUGCUGUGUUUUCUUAUAGUAGCUCCUCUUGGCUUGAGACUGUUAAAAAAAAAGAAAAAAACUGGAAGUGAUUAUGCUAGAUGUUGUAUCUUGGUCAGGCUAUAAUCCUAACUAGAAAAGAUAAUUGGGAUGCAAGGUAGAAACAGAAGACAUAAAAUUGGUGAAAAGUUGACCAGCAUCCUCCUUAAAUUAUUUUCCUUUUGAGCAGGAGGCAUGAAGUGCCACUGCCUUUCAAGCUGACUGAGGAAAGUGGUUUCUGUGCCACUUUUGUGGUUCCAUGACUAUAGUUUGGUGUGUGUGUGUAUACACAUGCAGCUGUGUGCACACAUGCAUACAUGUACCUGUAGCUGCAUUUAAUUAAAUGAAAGUCCAGAAAGAGGUAAUUGACCUGCUGUUGUGUAUACUAUCUGUCAGACUAAAGAUCUGAACUUUUUGUGGUCAUUUGGUUUUUUUCAGUAAAGGCAUAGAUCAGUGUCUUUACCACAAAAACCUCUGUAUUUUAAUGCCAAAAAAAAAAAAAGAAAGAGAGAGAGAGACUAAGAGGUCAAACAGGUUUUUUUAAUCCUGCAUAAUCAAUGUGUGUUUCUUGCUGUUAUUGACCAAUGUGUUGGUGGAAACCUUUGAUGGUGCUAUUCCAAAACAACUCAGAAAUUACAAGACAUUUCCACGCUGGGGAACAAACUUUUCUCAUAAGUCAUGUGAUGUUCAGAGUGCAUAGUUAAACUUAUGAGAAGCCUAGUAGGAAAAAACCCCAGCCUUAUCCAGGGAAAGCCCUGCUCUGGCUUGAGGCUUAACUGUCUCUGAGCUGCUGAGAUUAACCCUACUACAGCUGAAAAAAGUGUUCCUUCUUUAAACACGUCUGCUCACCUGAUCUGAGAGGCCUCUAGAAUUCCAAGAACUUGUAUCAGUUUUAAAGCCAAGCAAAUAAUAAUUGAAGCCUGAGAGUCUGGAUGUUAGGUAUGGGAGAUUGCAGGGGGAGGAAAAUUGCAAUUGCUGCUUAUUGGAAGUUAGCUUGUAUAGGAAGAUGGCUUGCUGUACAAAUACCUGUAUUCCUAACAAACUCUGAAGAGUUUCUCAUGCUGACUCAUUUGUGGGUUAGUUAUAUGUGUGUGCUGAUCAGGAAAGGUCCUGGACCUAUUAGUAAGUUCUCUUUUAAUGUAAAUGCAAGUGUCUUAUGUUUUGUUGUAUUUGUAGUGAGGUUCUUUUUUGUGUAUGUGUUUUGUUUUUUUUCUAACAUGGUGUAUUUUUAUUCUUAAUACGCUGGGAAAUAGACUUGUCAAACAGAAACCAUGGAUUUUAUGGCAAUCAAUGUCUGAAAAUACCUAAAGAGAAGUGAGGGAGUUAAAAUUACAGCAAUAUACAGAAAGCUGCUGUUGGAGCUAUCAGCAGUGAAUGUGAUCCUUGACUAUUAGUGGAAGCAGGGGAGUUACUAAUAUUUGAUUCCUACAUUCAGUUUCUGGUGCCUGUACUUGAAGAUACGAAACAAAGAAUUUGGAAGACACUUCUAAGAUAGGGACCCAACUCCUUAGUGUUUCUCAGUAAACAAAGCAGUAAUUUGAUUACUGUGCAUAGCUGCAUACUGAUAAUGGAAGACAAUUCAGAUCUGUUUCACUAACUGGCAGAAGAAAGAAAAUACUCAGUGGCUAGACAUUGGUCCUGAGACAGCUGCUAAGAAUUCAAACAACAGAAGGGCUUAUGCAGACAGCUACGUCAUGAUCUGUUCCUGAUCAUUGAGAUAUGCUUUCAUCUAGCUUGGAUAAAUUGUUGGGCGGAGCAGGAGGAGAUGGCUGAAUGAAGAUGACUGGAGGUGCUGAUAAUAUGUGCAGUUCAGCAUUAAGGCAAUAGUUUUUGGUGCUUAGGCUCUAUAAUUUUACCUGACUUCCCCACAGAUGGUGUAACCAGUUACUCUCAGAAGUACUUGCUACUCACAUUCCUGUGAACAUGUGCUGUGCUCAGGCAUACCAGAAAGUGUCAUUCCUGGAUUCCUGGCUGAUUCCUUGCUCCAGGCAAUGUGGAACUGAAUGCAGGGAAGGGAAGGAAUGUCCGCUGUCAGAUUCUACCUUCCCCUGGAAUUUGGAGUGUAAUCUCCUGCUAAGGUCAUUCAAGUGUAUUUCAGAAGUGAUUCCUGAAGUUGUACUCAUCAUGGGUAUUCAUGGAAUCUUAGACUUCCUUUCCUAUUUUUGUUUCCUUGGAUAUGCCCUCAUUUUACCCAAGGACUGAUAUACCUUAAUAUAGCUGAAGUUUUUGUAUUUGAUAGGGGAUAUAUUUUGACUUAAAUCCUGUGAAACUGUAUGGGAAUUGGACAGGUCUAGAAGCAAGUUCGAUGAUUCUUUAAACAUAUGCAUAAACUUUUAAGAAUUAUUUUAUUUAGUGAUACCACAAUUCUAGCUAAAAACCCCACCAACCUACUGAAUAAAUUUAUAGGAUUUGAAGGAAUUUUGUUGCGUUCCUAAAAUAUCUUUUGAGUGAUAUUCAGUGUGCGUGUGUAUGCAUUUAGAGAAAGAGGAAUCUCAUACAACACAGUUUGGAGGCAUCUUGCCUUCAGAUUAGCUUAAUUUCUUUUCUGGUUAUCUUUUUGUUUGCCUAAAGUGCUGCUUGCUGUGUCCUUGGUCAGCAUAUUUACACACAUGUCCUUUUAGUUCCUAAUAGCAUCUUCUCUGAACAAUCUGUUCCUUUUGUAGCAGUG